AUGGCGCACUUCUCAUUGGAGCGUGUGUUAUCUCCUGUGCCGACGUCUGCAUUUCCAGCUGUAUCAGAAAUUCUUUCCUCGAUACCCUCGCACCUGUGCCCUCCAUUCUUGCAGAAAGUGCUGGAAACAAAGCAUGAAGUGAAUCUAAGCCUGAAGCAAGUGGAGAACGUUUUGUGGAAAAUCGAAACCUUCUUGCCCUGCAUGGUGAGUGUGUCUCAUCCGUUGGGACAAAACCCGUUCCAGUUAAAGAAGUACCAGGAGCUUGUCCCAGACGUUCCCACCGUCUGCGUGCCGUCUCUGGUAACGUCAUGCGCUUGCUGUGGCGGUGCCUUAGAGGACAAGGCAGGUAGAUCUUCUUCCCGCUUAGUGAACAAUUUGCGUGGAAGUGAUGAGAUGGACAAUCGUUUCCUGAUUUUCACUCAAGCAGCUGGUGUUCUCUUUGCGGAGUUCAAGGCAGGGUUUUGCUCUGCUUGUCGAUUGUAUUUUCUUGGUUGCUGGCAAUAUGAGAAAAAGGCUGGGGCCUUUCAUCACAUGGACAAGCUGCACUGCUGCGGGUUACAGGCGGAUGUGGAUGUGUUUGUCGUCCCUCGUUAUCGAAGCUUCUUCGCCGUUGAAAUCGGCUUGCUGCAUUCAAUCACAGAUGAAAUUGCCCAUAGCGGCGCGACCUUUUCCUCUGCUGUGCUGCGAUGGGUGAAGCAACACCCAGAAGAGGGCCAAGUUCGACUGCUGCAAGGAAAGGACCUGACCAUGCUAGAGCGUUGCCGCAAACGGUUAGAAGAGGACUUAGAUGGCUUUGAGGCUUCCUUGUCCCAAGUUCUACCUCAUUUGCGGAAGCAAAGGCUGAACAAAGUUGCGGAGCACAUCCACAGCUGCCCCAUAUGUCAGCAAUGUGUGUGGAUUUUGUUGGAUGGAAAGCAGGGUGCUCGGCGAUUCAUCUGCGCCGGUCUAGAGGGUCAUCGAACAUUUGCAGAUCUAGGGGUGUCAAUUUACACUGGAUGCAUGAAUCACGCUGGGCCCAACGAUGUCUUUUGCAAGCGUUGUCGCCCAAGCAGUUUGCUGCAGAGCGCUUUGAUUCCACAAGAAAAAGUGCUACAAGUCGAAACUUGUCCAUCUGAAGACGGUUUGUCAGUGGAGACUUGGUACUUGGUCCGUUGCAAGUGUCCACAGAAUGGCAUCUUCGAAGCACCUUUGCCCCGCAAGGAAGUGCGCGCAGAUCUACUGGCAGAGUUCGAGAAAGGGGCCUUGCCAAAAAAGCGAGAUCAUGGUAACCUGCGUACUCAAUUUCGCUGGCUGAAGAGUGCUCGCAUGGUUCGUCAAGCUGCCUUGAAGCGCGCUGGGCCAUGCAAGCCAGCGCGCCGUGGAAGAGCCAGCAAGAAGGAGGAGGUCAAAAAGCUUCCGGGCGGAUGGCUGUCGCAGGCGUAUGUCGCAUUCCUCCGCGACACUGACAAGUCUACAGAUGGCAGUGAGCUUGCUGAGUGCGGUAUUGAUAAGGAGAAGAAAACUUUGAAGCGCAGGCGAUGCACAGGUGGCAUUUUAACUGCUACCCUUUCCUGUGGUCAGCUGGUGGAUUGGCUAGAAUUACCUCGUGGAGAAGCCUUCGAUGUAGUGUACACCUUUGUUCUGGAUGUGAUUAAAGAGCUCUCGACCCGGCAAGUGCAGGUGAAGUGCGUAGGGUAUGACAACGCCUGUCGGCUCCUUGCAAUGGCUGAGCGUUGUGAGAAUUUGUGCAGCCCAUGGACCAACAAAGUGACGGAGUGUCGAAUUGUCUUGGAUAGGUUCCACAAGGGAAACCACUCUUGGUGUCUUCGUCAUCGCCCGCAGGUGGAUCCAGAUCAUCCAGACAACAUUCCUUUGCUGCAGUUUCGCAACUCGGAGAGCUGUGAGCAGUUGAACGCAUGGAUCUCUGGUCGCACUGCUGCUGCCUUGAACUUGACAGGCCGUAGUAAAAAGGAUGCGGCGGAAGACCGCGAUCCUGGAAUGUGCAAAGCAGACCUCUUGCUGGCAUACCAACUCAUGGAUACAACCAAUCCAUUCCCUUCGGCCUCUGUAGGUGCGAGGCAACCUCUGGCUUGGAAGGUUUGCUGCGCGUUGGCCCAAGCAGCUUCCUUGCAUCCUGGGUGCAUGUUUGUGCACAUGUUGUGCUUGGUGGCUCUGACUCUCAAUGCGGUGCAGGUGAAAUACUCUGGCUUGCUGGGAAAAUUCUGCAAUUUGAUGGUCUUGCAACAUGGUCCGCCGGGGGACGGCAAGAGCAUAGCGCUGUGGCUAGAUCUUCACAUCCUGAGUUACUUUGACAAACUGAGACUCUGGGUGGAAAAUGGACCUGAUAGUCAAGUCACCCAUGGAGACAAGCGGGCGCAGGCGAAGUACAAGGCAGAAUAUGAAGUGUGGCGGAGUUCUGGCUCAGGGCCAGUAGAAGAACCGACAAAGCCUCCACCUCAAGAUAGCAUUGUGAAUCGCAUGACUUGGGUGGGUUUGGGCCAACACAUGCACCAACAAGAUGGCUGCGCCAUCUUAGCUCUGCACGAAGGACGUACGUUCCUCCAGCACACAUUCGAAGGAUCUGUGGGUGGCGGCAUCGAAGAAUUGAACCAGCUAAGCGAUCAUGACUGCUAUAAGAACACCAUUUCUUCACAAAGCGGCAGAUACUGGGUUAAAAACCCGCAUCUCAUUGCAUUGGUGAUGAUGCACUGUGAAGAAAUAGUGCAGCAAGCUUCCCAAGAAGAUUCUGUGGCUGGCCUGUCCCGUUUUCUGCUGGCCAAAUUCCCGUGUCGUGUGUUGAAGAUCCGCGACCCGCAGUCCGCAGAGCAAGCGCAGAAUGAGCUGGAUGAGUGUUUCAAUUCUUUGGGCUAUGAUCAGGUGGUGUCAGCUAUGGCACACGUGCUCACAAUCAGCAAGUUGCUCUUCCCGCACAAUGAAGCACGCGAUGAUGAUGCAGAGCACCGCUGCUUCUCACAUGUGAGUGGCUUACACACCAUGCCAUUCGCUGCGUCAGUGAAACAGCAGUUCAUCAACACUUUUAACAAGUACGUUGACAAGGUGCGCGCUGACCAGAAAGUGUUGGGUGGUCAGAGCAGCCGGCUGAACAAGGAGAAGACCAGGGCCUUGCGGUUCAUCGCUCCUUUAGAUGUCUUUGAAAAGGUGAUCGCUUGGCUUUUGCAGAAGGAUGGGCACAGGCUGACAGAGGGGCAGGACACUGAGCUCAGCGGCGAAGAGAUCAUCCGGUCUCUGGCGCAUGUGAGAAGCUCAGUGCAUAUUGAAUGUGACGUGACUGGAAAGUUCACAGCAGGAUGUUCUCAGAAUGUGAGGGCACCCGGACUGUUUGCAAACUAUUUCUGA